AUGGCAGGCGUAGCGGAGAGACCGAGCGGAGGGGGAGACGACGAGGAAGGCAACUACCCGGUGGGGUUCCGGUUCAAGCCGACGCUCCGGGAGCUCGUGGAGUUCUACCUCCACCCCAAGCUGCUGGACAAGCCGACCGUGCCCAACGACGCCGUCAUCGAGGCGGACGCGUACGAGUGCCACCCGGAGAUACUCACCAGUAAGCAUCACCCGACCUGGUACCAGAAGAGGGGCGCGGACGACAACUGGUACUUCCUGUCGCCGAGGAGCCGCAGGUACCCUGGAGGGGACAGGCCGACGCGGCGCACGGCCGACAACCGCGGCCGGUUGAAGCCGGGGAGGAAGAAGGGCGCGGCGGACCACUCCAAGGCGAGCAAGGGUCGUCCCAGGAAGAACCUCAGCGUCGGCGCGAUCGAGUUCACCGAGAACACCCUCGCGUACUACGUGGGCGAGCCCAGGAACGAGAACGAGACCAAGACCAAGUGGCUGAUGCACGAGCUCACCGUCCCGGAGCUCGACAAGGAGAAAGGUCCCGAGAACGCGGCCGGGCAGCAGCAUGUCAGGCCGACGGCGUCCACGCAGCCAGCAUGCUUCGACGAGGGUGCCAAUCUCAAUCAUCCUGCCGGAGCAGAAGCCAUGGUCCCUCGCACCCAGUUUCCGGCGCCUCACAACUUCUACCCUUGCAGCGGCGUCCAGCAGCAGCAGCAGCAAUCUAGUAGUCCGGCGAUCCCAGCUGCCAUUGUCCCUCCCGGCGCCGCUGGGCCAGUAGAUGUAGAGGCGACGCCGGCGGCUGACGACGCACCCGGCUGCGCUGAAGAGGAUCACACCGGCCGGCCGUCGUUCUUCGUCACCGAUGACGAGCGCGGGCCGCCUGCGCCGUCGCUGUUUGGCUACGACGAGCUUUCCGUGAAGAAAGGACGCGCAUCCCACUGA